UCAAAAGUUGGGUCUAGCUAGCGCGUGGUUUCCUAUUCGGGAAGACUUGUGCUGUGCGGGUGAAUCUGGCGUUUAAGACAAGGAAGAGUGUUUGUUGAAGCAUUCCCCUAGUGAGAGAGGAGCGAAAGAUGAUGAAGAUGGUUCCUCAUAAUCACCACCACCGUCCAUUAUCGCCAUUUGAUAACGAUUCCUGUGCGGAGGGUGGUGAUGGCGAUGGCCCCACCACAACUUGUUCUGUGUCUAUGUAUAAUAUGACUCAUCAUCAUCAUAAUAUAAACGAUGCUGUUAGUGGAGUUUCUGCUUCUCCUGCUGUCUCUGCAGCAGCUAUUCAUAGUGGGGGUUCUGCCGUAAGAACUUUGCAGCCUUUUUACAUUUCCACUCGCCCUGCCUUCAAAUCCCCAGGGGCGAUGGCGGCUUCAUUAGGAUUCCCUUUCACAAAUGCGCAAUGGAAGGAGCUUGAAAGGCAAGCUAUGAUUUACAAGUACAUGAUGGCUUCUGUUCCUGUUCCUCCUAAUCUCCUCAUCCCCACCGCUCUCACGUCUGCUUCUUGCUCUCCCUUCGAUAGUGGUUUUAAUCUGCGGCUGUCUAGUAGCAGCACUGAUCCAGAGCCGGGGAGGUGCAGGAGAACAGAUGGGAAAAAAUGGAGAUGUUCCAGAGAUGUGGCUCCUAACCACAAGUACUGUGAGCGUCAUAUGCACAGAGGUCGUCCCCGUUCAAGAAAGCCUGUGGAAGUUCAAACAACCGACGGCGCCACCACCGACAACAACCAGCAACAGAAAAGGGCUCGCCAAGAUUUUCAUCAUCCUUAUCCUACAUCUGCAGUUACUGUGGCUGUUUCUCCUCCCACGAUUACAAACUUUGGGUCUUCUUCUCUGUUUCUUCAGUCUCCCACCAGUCAGACAUUUCACGAACCCUACCAUUAUGGUGUCAAAGCCUCCAGUUUUGGAUCUUUGGCCUCUGUGCCAUCUGAUAGCCAACCCAGGGGCUUGGACUGGAUGCUGAAGGGAGAUCCCAUUUCCACGGCUGCUUCUGAUCUAGAAUGGCAGCCUCUGAUGCAAGCUAAAGCUGAUCUGAUUAAACAGAGUGCCUGCAACAACAACAACAACGCCACCAUAUCUAGUUCAAGUUACGAAGACGCUCUGUACCUCAGUUCCUUUGCGUCUUUGAACUCAGGACUAGACCAACAAAACAGACGUUGCUCUCUGUUCCUGAAUCCUCUCCUUCCCAUGGAGAAUCCCGAGCCCCAGAAACCCAGGAGAUUCAUUGACGCUUGGUCUAAUGCUGAAACGGUGGAAAAUAAUAAUGGCAACGCCAGCAAAAGCCCUGUUUCGUCAGAUGCUAAACUAUCCCUUUCUUCUCUUGAUCUAUCAAUGGGUGGUGGUUCUGUGGUGGAUGCGGAAAUGGGUUCUAUUCAUAUGGGUUUAGGCCUAAUGGAGCCCAAUGGAAACACAGAAAAUGGCAACAAAACCCAUCUUUCUAAUUGGCUCACUCCUGCUGCAACGUGGGCGGGUUCCACACCUGGGGGGCCCCUAGCUGAGGUUCUAAGGCCAAGCACUGUGGCUCCGGCCACCGAGGGGGCAUCCAACCCGCCGUCUCCGGUCAUAACAAAUGCCGAAUCUGGCAGUCCCCUGGCAACAAUGGUGUCAUCUCCAUCUGGGGUUUUGCAGAAAACGCUGGGAUCCAUGUCUGAUUGUAGUACCAAUAGUAGCCCAACAGUGGCGUCUCCAAGGGCCAAUUCUGAGUUUGCCUUGCUCUUGUUCAAUAAAGCAAUUUAGGCCUUUUAGUUGAAGUUCUUAAUUUGGGAUGAUAUCAAAUAUUAUGUAAUCUUGAUUUGUUUGGAUAUUUAGGUAGCAUAAAGAUUUUCUGGGUGUUUUGUAUACUCAAUCUGCAACUUGUGCUCGUGUUAAUGUGAAGAAAGCUGUGUUCGGUUUU